AUGAACGUGACACCGUUGGAUGAAUUGCAAUGGAAAUCUCCAGAAUGGAUUCAAGUUUUUGGUUUGAGAACUGAGAAUGUUCUUGAUUACUUUGCAGAAUCACCAUUUUUCGAUAAGACGUCGAAUAAUCAGGUAAUUAAAAUGCAAAGGCAGUUUUCCCAGUUAAAUGAUCCUAAUGCUGCCGUGAAUAUGACACAAAACAUAAUGACCUUACCAGAUGGGAAGAAUGGAAACUUGGAAGAGGAGUUUGCCUAUGUGGAUCCGGCAAGAAGACAAAUCCUUUUCAAGUAUCCUAUGUAUAUGCAACUGGAGGAGGAAUUAAUGAAGUUAGAUGGUACUGAAUACGUAUUGAGCAGCGUAAGAGAGCCUGACUUCUGGGUUAUCAGGAAGCAAAGACGAACAAACAAUUCUGGUGUGGGAAGCGCUAAGGGACCAGAGAUUAUUCCAUUGCAAGACUACUACAUAAUUGGUGCAAACAUUUACCAAUCGCCAACAAUUUUUAAAAUUGUGCAAAGUAGGCUGAUGUCCACGAGCUACCAUCUAAAUAGCACAUUGGAGAGCUUGUAUGACUUGAUUGAGUUUCAACCUUCCCAAGGAGUACACUAUAAAGUACCUACGGACACUAGCACGACUGCAACGGCUGCCACCAACGGGAACAACGCUGGAGGGGGCAGUAACAAGAGCAGUGUACGACCUACCGGCGGUGCCAAUAUGGCGACUGUUCCCUCAACCACAAAUGUCAACAUGACAGUCAACACUAUGGGUACAGGAGGACAAACUAUAGACAACGGUACCGGUCGUACUGGCAACGGUAACAUGGGUAUAACUACAGAGAUGUUGGACAAAUUAAUGGUCACAAGCAUUCGAUCCACCCCAAACUACAUAUGA